AUGGUCCGCCUUUCCACCCAGCGUCUCAUACUCCGAACUCCCGAGCCUGACGAAGGGUUUCAAUAUGCCACCAUAAACGAGCUAUGGGUCCACUCCCCCGACCACUACGCUGAGACAAUGCUUAAAUGGCAAAAGCUAGGCGCCCUCCAACUCUUCCUGAUCCUAGCCAGAAAAGCGAGGGACGGAGACCUAGCCGUCCCCGAAGGAGAAGUCAUCGGCUUUUUACAAAUCGCUCCUGCUGACCGAAAUGUGGUCUCGUAUCGGAUACACCACACCCUGGCCCAGGAAGGGUACAUGAAGGAAGCAUGCGAGGCCGCCUUUGACCACUGGUUCAAAGAAAUGCCUAUGGAAUUUCUGUAUGUGGAGGCGAGAACAUAUAAUAUUGCCGUUAUGCUGAUGAUGGAGGAAUUUGGCUUGAGUGCAGAAGUACUUCGCUUGGAAGGCCCGGAUGCGAGUUGGACGUUUGGGUGGACAAGUUGGAAAUUUAGGGGAACGCGAAACACCUUACUGUAA